AUGUUUAUCACAAUUUCAAGAUACCUUUUUUUAUUAUUUUUAAUAAAAUCAUACCUUCACCUAUUCCCUCAACACAAUGAAACAUUCUUAGAGCGUGGAUCCCAACCAAACAAAAUUAGAAACAACCAACCAUUAAAUAGUAGAAUGCUAAAUGGAAGUGAAUUAAAUGAUUGUGAUCAAUGGACAGACUGGUCCCCAUGCUCAAAGACAUGUGAUAUUGGAAUAAAGAUAAGAACAAAAUAUAGUAGCAAUCCAAUUCAUUCAUUGUUUUGCUCUAAAUUUACAGAAACAUCUGUUUGUUUUGAGAGAGAAUGCCCUGAAUCGGCUGAAAGACAACGUCGUGACGAAAAGGAAAAACGACAAAAUAAAAAAAAAAAAAUGCUAACCAAAUAUGUUACAAUUUUUUGUGUAUUUUCAACAAACAAAUACGACUUUUCAAAAGGAAAUAAAAUAAAUAUGUCUAAUAAUCCUUGA